AUGGAUGCUUACUCGAUAUGUCGUACUAGUCCAGCCCGGCGCCAUUCGUCAAAGAUUUAUAAAGACCUCAGGAUAGCCUUAUUUGGCAGUUUGGCCGGCCGAGACGGCAAUGUAGACUUUGAUAUGAGAUGCCCAGAAGCAGCCGCUCCCAAGCGUCGCCAAAUAUCUACUCCCACGCCUCAUGUUGGAAUAAUUGGCGCCGGACUAUCCGGGCUCCGCUGUGCAGACAUUCUCUUGCAAAAAGGCAUCAAGGUCACCAUUCUCGAAGCCCGGAACCGUAUUGGCGGCAGAGUCCAUCAGGAAAAACUUGUCAACGGUCACAUGGUUGAUCUCGGUCCCAACUGGAUUCACGGCACUGACGACAACCCCAUUCUCGAUAUUGCCAGGCAAACCAAUACCGCGGCUGGGACCUGGGACUCCAAAACAUGGGUCUACAACCACCUUGGAGACUUGAUGACAUUAGAAAAUGGCGAGAGAUACAGCACGAUGGUGUGGGACAUUGUCCAGGAAGCCUUUGAGCACUCCAACAACUUUGGCUCGGAGAUUCCCGCGGACAAGAGCCUUUUGGACUUUUUUCACGAAAGACUACCAUACAAAAUUCCCGACAGUGAUCCUGAACCCAUAGAAAAACGAGAAAUCGUUCUUCGCAUGGCUGAGAUGUGGGGGGCCUUUGUUGGCAGCCCAGUCUCCAAUCAAAGCCUCAAGUACUUUUGGCUGGAGGAGUGCAUAGAAGGAGAAAACCUAUUUUGUGCCGGCACUUACGAGAACAUUCUGCGACACAUCGCAGCCCCAGCGCUGGCAGCGGCUGACAUCAAGCUCAAUUCUAGAGUAACAGAUAUAGUAUAUCAGCUCGAAAACAAGAGCAAGGUGAAGAUAGAAGUAGACGGUGGACAACGCCUCCUAUUUGACGAAGUCGUCGUGACCACACCCCUCGGGUGGCUAAAGAGACACACGGAUGCUUUCAACCCUCGUCUUCCAUCACGACUGACACAGGCAAUCAACUCUAUUGGAUAUGGGUGCCUUGAAAAAGUGUACAUGAGUUUCCCAAGCGCGUUCUGGCUUGAACACACAAAAACGAACGGCUUCAUAGAGUGGCUAGAACCAACAUACGCCCCUUCCAACCCCAAACAGUGGCACCAGGAAGCCGUCGAGCUCGGAAGCCUCGCGGAUCCAGAUGCCCAUCCAACUCUUCUGUUCUACAUGUUUGGCGAGCAGUCCAAACACAUCACGUCCACGCUUGCCCAGCUUACGACAGACUCCGACAAGACGGCGUUUCUAGAGUCGUUUUUUCAUCCGUAUUUCUCUCGACUGCCCAACUAUUCUCCAGAAUCUCCCGAUUGCAAGCCACUUGGGUUUCUCGCAACGGAAUGGCUGAAUGACGAAUUCGCUGGAUGUGGAAGCUACGCCAACUUUCCGGUUGGUUUGGAGAAUGCAGAUAAAGAUAUAGAGGUUAUGCGAGAGGGUUUGCCGGAUGAAGGCGUUUGGUUUGCGGGUGAGCACACGGCGCCGUUUGUGGCGCUGGGGACUGCAACGGGUGCGUAUUGGAGCGGUGAAAUGGUUGCGAAGAGGAUUGCUGAGAUGUAUGCUUAA